AUGUCCCUCCCCAUUUCAACCUCAGAACACAUGAAUUCGUGGCCCGUUGAUCCGUCGCCCAUGUUCUCUCGAUUCAGUCUGCUGUUCAUUACACACCCGACUUCUCAUGAGGCCAACGCGAUGGGUGUAGUGCCUCAGUACACGGACGUCGACACAUCCGAUGAGGUCUCUGACAAUGUAGGUCUUGGCGAUGAAGAGACCCUAGGUUUCCUUGCUGAGGAAGAGACGGACGCGUCGACUAUUCCUAGGCGCUGUCCGAGCCUACCAUGCUUAGGGCCGAUAGAGCUUCCCGAAAUAUCCUAUGAUUCUCAGUAUGAGUGUCCGGAGCUCGCACCCCUCAAUAUCUGCUUAGUGGCUCUCCCUGAGUCCACCAGCUGCAAUGAUGUUAUAUCAGCCCCCUCUGACUGCUCCGACCGCAUUUAUCAGCCCAUAGUGAAGUUCUGCCUGCCGGAGCUGCUGCACUCCGACUGGCACUCCAGACUUUAA